AUGGGAAGGGUGGGCAAGGGGUUCGAGCCUUUCGUACAAAAAGGAAACGAAGGUUUUGUCCAUCAUUUACUGCUACACGAGUGCGAAGGUGACUUUACCGACAAAGACUUCGAUCAGGGAGUUGAUUGUAAAGAUGUUGCUAACAUGUCGUAUGCUAAGUGUAAAGAUGCCAGUAUCGUGGCUGCCUGGGCUGUUGGAGGAGAGGUAAGAAGUCGAACUAUGAGGGAAUUCAGUGCUCUAAAUCGCGAACCUUUCCUCACCAACGCUUGUCGUAGCGGUGUGUCCUUCGGCAAGAAAUUCAGUUUUUCUCUCAUCCACUUUUGCCGCGCAUUUCCUGUGUGUACUUCUAUCGAGUUAUUGAAACUCUCCCGAUUGCGAAAGUUUGAAGGUUUAGGAAAUUGCGGGAACACUUGCCUGCAGCUCGUGAUCCUACGGCAUUUCUUAUUAUUCCAAACCUCCCCUUCCAAGAGGGGAAUAACUCAGUCUAAAACUGAACGAUGCAUUACCACUAUUUAUUUAGGUAGAGUUGACAGCUCUGGUGUCCGUAUCUACUACACCGACAAGCUUCGGCAGUUUGACAGUGGAGUUGUAUCAGUGGGAGUAGCGGUUAAUCAUUGGCACAUUAUACCGCCAGAACAGAAACAGUGGAUGUCUGUUGGUUACUGCACGGCAAAAUGUACAAAUGUAAGUAUGGGCGUGUCUUCUCCAACAAAGCGUCCAUCAAACUCUCUCGGCGCAUCAUGUCUCAUGUGGAGCCGAGUCAAAUAUGAGUACAGAUUUUGCACAACAUCUCUGAACAAAAAACUAGCUAGGAAGCAACUCGCUAAAAUCGCUUCAGAUCAGCAGACAAAGCAAACAGACAAUAAGCAAUACACAGAGGAAACUAAACAUGUUCGUAAUGGCAAAGAACUUCCAGAGAUUGCUCGGGAUAACCACUACGACUUCAACUUCCAGGUACUGUCUAUCGAAUAUGGAAUAUUGUUAAUUACAUACGGCAGGGAAAAAUUUGAAAGCCUAUAUCAUGACUUUUUAGGGUCAUGUCUUGUGGGAGGUAUUUCCACGAGGGACGAGAUGUGCUUGGAUUUCAUGUGCUACUAUCCUCGCGCGCCCCGUGUCAAGCGGUGCCAGAGUAUAGCAUUUGAACCAACUUACAAAACUAUCAGCAAGUACUUGCAAGUAUCACCAAAAGAGCAUGAAAGAUAGGGGAGUAGGGUCCGUCAAAUAGACUUCAUUCCUAAGGCAAUCCUUCUCAAGUUAAGUUUAGAUCAAAACAAUCCCUGGAUGAUAAAAAAUAAAAAACCAAGCCCGUGAUACGAACUUUUCUCACGUGGAUACACAGGGAGCAGAGGAGUUCUCUUUGACCGUAUUUCCAGUUAAAUUCACCGUACAAUAGCUGGUUUUCACAUCACGUCACUAAAAUU